AACACAAUGCCCCAUUUUCCAGAAUUAACACGCUAAAAAUUAUAUAAACAAAAACCAUAUUCAAUUUCACACCACUAUCUCUCUCACUCUCACAAGCUCACCCCCCACAGAGUUUGGUCUGCAAAUAUCACAAACGUCGCCGCCGACCAUGACUCUCCAGCUCCAAGCUCCGUCGUUCGCCGCCACCAUUUCCUCCCUCGCUUCUCCCUCCCUCACCCGCUCCACCCGCCGCUUCGUUAUUCGAGCUCAAGUUGAACCAACAGAGAAGUCUGUUGAGAUUAUGAGGAAGUUUUCGGAGCAGUAUGCCCGUAAGUCUGGGACAUAUUUCUGUGUUGAUAAGGGAGUUACUUCUGUUGUUAUUAAGGGUUUGGCAGACCACAAAGAUUCAUUGGGUGCGCCACUUUGCCCUUGUCGGCAUUAUGAUGACAAACAGGCAGAGGCUGGCCAAGGCUUUUGGAACUGCCCCUGUGUUCCCAUGAGGGAAAGGAAGGAGUGCCACUGCAUGCUCUUUCUCACCCCUGAAAAUGAUUUUGCUGGUAAAGAACAGAUCAUCACCAUGGAAGAGAUCAGAGAAUCAACGGCCAACAUGUAAUAAUCAUCAAUGUGUAUGAGAAUUAUGUAUAAACAACCCACUUCUGUAUUUUUAACGAGGAAAAGAGUAAAAGAGUUCCAUCUUCUAAAUGUCUCAAACUAGACCAUAUCUGAUCUU